AUUAAAAUUUUAUUUGGUAUAAGUGAUAGUACUUUAGAAAGAUACUUCCAAGAAUUUUUAGACAUUGUUUCACCUUUGGCAAUGGAUAAUUUUAAAAGUUAUUUUAAUAAUAGAAAGGAUAAUAGCAAUAAAGUAGAAUUCAUGUACCAUUCAAAUCAUACUUUUGCAACAAUGGUGGUUGAUGGUUCAGAACAACAAAUUAGUAUUCCAAGUGAUAAAGAUAUUAGAAAUUUAUUAUAUAGUGGUAAAAAAUGUAAAUCAACUUUAACUCUAUUGGUUUAUUGUUGCCCUAAGAGUGGAAAGGUAUUGCACAUUGGUUUUCUUGCAGGUGGUUGUAAAAAUGAUAAUAACUUAUUUAAAAAAGAUCGUGAAUUUAUUGAUUCAUUAGACAGUGUACUUGAAACAAUUGUUGCUGAUAAGGGAUUUCGUGGAUUAAAAAAAGUUUAUAAUAACACGUGUGUUAUUGAAGCAGGUCGUAAAAACACAAAAUAUAACAAA